AUUAUUUCGCUUCCAGGUUCUCAGUUUUAGCGAACUCGAGUGAUGUAAUAACGGAUAGAAGGGCUGCAAAGCUUUCUAAGAUUUUGACAUCGCCCAUGGUUCUAUAAUAAUCGACUAUGUUAAGGCGUUUAUCGCCAACUAUUUUGGCGUUGGUUGCGCUAUGGACCGCCGCGGUAUUCUUACAAUCUGCGCUGCUGGUACAAGCCAAGCCUUAUCCUAAACAAUCUUCUAGACAAACUACCCGUCUUGAUCCUGGGGAGGUGGAUUUGACGGAGGUAAUAGACUUUGAUAAUGUUGAGACUAAGUAUAGACUCAAACGAAUGCCCGCAGAGACCGAGGACCCUCUUGAUGAUCAGAAAGGGUCUAAGGUAUUCACGGACACUUCUGAUAAACGUAAUGGGAUCGAGACUCCGAUACAGGCGUUGCAAUCUCCGAACACACCCGCGAUCGCGGACCAAACGUUGAGAUCAGAAGUCAAUACUCCCUCGACGGGUAGCACAAGUAAAAGCGUGGUUAACACUCCUAAUGGAGAAACGAGCGCUGCCACGCAAACAUCUAAUGCGGAAACAGUUCAACCAAAGACUGUGGAUGUAACUGGAGUAAAGCGCGGAGAGGUCACUACAGGGACGGAAGGAUCGGGCGGAUCGAGUACGCCCACUAAAGGGGAAGCUGUUGCGAAGGUUUUUGGUGGAAAUGCUUCAAAGGGUAACUCUUCCUCAGCUGCUAAGCCAGAUGCAAGCCCCUCUUCCGUUACCAUCUCGGGUAAUACCAUUAAUGGUAAACCUAUGCUUGGUCAGGGGGGACCUAUAAAGGAUCAGCUGGGGAAUAGCGGAGCUGAAGUUAUGACGUCGCACAAGUUCUACCAAGACGAGGAUUAUUCCCAGCGUUCGAAGACGGAGGAGGAGGAAAGCAGGGAACCGGAAGUGGGGCAUUUUCAGGUGGACGAUAAAUCGGCUGAUUUGGAGAUUAAUGCAAACUCUGCUGGAGUCAAGGUGAAGGCCAAGCCAGCUUCCCUGCAAGUGGUGUCACGCCCAGGGGCACACCCUCCCGUCCCCGUGGUCCCCAUAGCGCCACUCUACCGCCGUCACCAUAGACACCAUCACCACUGGAUGGACGCUUACAGACGAGGCAUGGCAUACCACCAUAGGCACCACCACAGGGAUCCCUACCACGCCUACUACAGGGCUUGGAUCCCGCCGCCAGCCCCCAUGUAUGGCCGUUACCCUGACUUCCCCCGCUACGAUGACGACUACGACGCGCCUUUCUACCGCCGCUCCGGAUUCGAGCCCUACCCGUACCCAUUCCACCACCACCGACACCAUCAUCACCACCAAAGAUAUCCCGAAGAUCUAGAGGAGAGGUCACAAAUGGAAUACCCUUAUGACUACCCGAGGUUUAGAUUUCGAGAACCAUACAGAAGACACUUUAUCCCUUCAUUCCAGGAAAUGAUGGCAAGAUAUAUGAUUCCAAGAAUGCAGCCUUAUAUGCGAGAAAACAUCAUAACUCCUGAGCCACCACCUAUUAAUUUAUUUGGAAACCCCCCACCAGGAGUAAUGAAUAAUGAAAAUCCAGGAUCUUUGGGGAUGAGUGGAAUGGCACGGACGCCUGCACUUGGUGGAAUGGGUGGAGGGCCAAGUAUGGCAGCGUUUGAUGGAAUGGGUGGAAUGAAUGGAAUGAGCGGAAUUGGAGGAGCGAGCCCGUUUGCUGGGGUUGAAGGUCAAGGAUUUGGUGAAAUGGGACCCAUGAAUGAGCUCCAGCAAAUGGCACUAAACCCAAUUGGAGAGAACCCAGCAGAGUCCGCCAUUACGAGAACGCUCGGAAUACGGAACGUGAACAGUGCGGAACCAAGGACUCAUGUCAAGAAGACCUCCAUCAGCAAGAGAAAACACGCGAAGAAGCAUAAAGUCAAGCAUGAAAAGAGUGACGACAAGAAGAGUCACGUGAACGUAAAAAAAGGGGAAAAUGUGCUGAACAAAACACGUGACAGCAGCAAGAAUCGAACUCGUAGAGCCUCAGAAAAGGGUUCCAAAAAACUGAAAUCACGAAAGCACGGGGUACCUACCCUACACGCAGAAAAAGACAAAGUCGAAAAUGGCAGCCGCAAGAAUUCUAUUGUUAUCCACAGGCCUCCCAUUAUUUAUCACCCUCCACCGGAGGUGUAUCACAGGCCAGAUAUCGUCGUCCACAGAGCGCCUAUUAUGCUACACAGACCAGCUAUUAUUUACCAUCAGCCUCCAGUAGUUGUUCACAGACCAGCCAUCAUUUACCAUCAACCUCCUAUAGUAUUCCAUCAACCACCGCCAGUAGUGAACCAGCCAAUCUUGCACUCGCACGACACCUACGUCACAAGACCAAGGGUGUACCAGUCCACCUCACAUAUCGGACACGCCAGCACCUUUAUCGGGAUACCUGAACAUGUGUACGGCGACUAUCAUGGUUUCCAUGGUUACCAUGGUUACCACGGUUUCCAUGGUGGGUUCGGUGCUUAUAGGAAAGAGCAAGUCCCCCAUGCACGCACCAAUCAAACGGCAGAUGAUACAAGUGCAGACAAGAAAAGCCAGGAGUCGCGACCCAAGCGCGAUCUGUACACAGGAUAUCUCGAUUAUCUGCAUUAUCAGGGAUCCCUGUGGCAUCCUAAGGUUAAGCGUGACACGGACGAUCAGUUCGAUUUCGUGACGUCUAACGAAGGCGCAAAGCAGGACUUGAAGUACGAAGAUAAAGAAUCACAUGACGUAGAAAAACGUGACGCAGAUCUGUCACCCGACCGAAGAAAGCGUGACAUCGAUGAUGGUUUUGACUACAUUGCUGAUGCUGCAAGCGCAAAAGAGGGAUUAACAUAUCUCGAGAGAAAGUCACACAAGGUCGAAAGACGUGACACACAUACUGAGUCACGCAACGUCGAGAAGCGUGACGCGCAGCGUGAUUUUGACAAGUACUUACACCAUGUUUGGAACCCUAUCCCAACCCUGGACAAUGAUCUCGAUAUCCACAAACGCUAUGAUGAUGAUGAUGAUGACGAUGACCAAAGUGAUCAGUCGUAUACUAAAUCAAGCAAGAAGAAAAAGAAAGAUGUUGUUGUUAAUAGACCACCGAUAAUAUACCACCCUCCGCCAGAGAUAUACCACCGGCCGGAUAUCGUUGUACACCGACCUCCUCUUGUUAUUCACCGGCCACCUAUUAUCUACCAUCAGCCCCCUGUCAUCGUCCAUAGGCCAGCCGUCGUGUACCAUCAACCCCCCAUCGUAUUUCAUCAACCCCCACCUGCCGUCAGUCAACCGCUUCUUUUCUCGCAUGACUCAUUCACUGUCCACCCAUCGUUCUAUGCGACACAUCAUGGAUCUGUUGUAAGAGAUUAUGGACAUUAUAUAGGUAUACCUAACGUGGUGUCGAAUUUUGGAGCGCCGCUAUUUCACCCCGGUGGUGUUCACUACAAACGAUCAGGGAUUCCAACGAGCAAAUCUCAUCACGAGAAAAAACAAUCCAAAAAAAGUAAACUAAGAAAGACGAAAUCCAAGACGGAGAAAGGCGAGAAAAAGAAUUCCGUUGUUAUCCGAAGACCACCAAUUAUUUACCACCCGCCACCGGAGAUUUAUCACCGACCGGAUAUCGUUGUACAUCGAGCACCUAUUAUGAUCCAUAGGGCUCCCAUCAUAUACCAUCAACCUCCUGUUGUUGUACACAGACCAGCCAUCGUCUACCAUCAACCAUCUAUCGUUUUCCAUCAACCACCCCCAGUUGUGCGCCAGCCAUUCCUUCAGUCGCAUGACACGUGGGUGACACACCCCGUAGCCGUCCCAGUCUCCACGCAUAUUGCGCACCACAGCACCUAUAUAGGCGUGCCUCACGCUUACUCUGUGCACGGUUACGCUGGGCUUGGGCACGAGCAUCCUUACUACAAGUCAAAGGUCCCCACAAAAGACAGCGACGUGCAUGCUGCGCCAAGAGAUAAUAUCACGCACAAGAAACAUCACCUAAAACAUAAGAAAUCCAAAGCAAAGAAAGGAGAUAAGAAAAAUAACGUGAUCAUAAAAAGACCGCCUAUUAUCUACCAUCCUCCACCGGAAAUAUUCCACAGACCGGAUAUAGUCGUUCACAGAGCGCCCCUCAUGGUUCACAGAGCGCCCAUCAUAUACCAUCAGCCGCCUGUUAUCGUGCAUAGACCAGCCAUCGUCUACCAUCAACCAGAGCUUGUAUUCCACCAGCCCUUCCCUAUGGUACAUCAACCCGUGAUGCACGCGCAUGACACGUGGGUACAGCAUCCAGUGAUGAAGCUGUACGGAUCUACGCUUCAUAAUCUGGGAACUGUCCUCCACACGCCGCACGUGUACUAUCACGGUCAUCACGAUCAUCUACUCGCUUACGGAAAAUCCGAUCUCCCCCACAAAAAGACGGAAGAAGUAACACCAGAAGCAAGGGGUAGUAUCAAGCAUGCCGAGGAAGAAGCAAGCGGAGAGGAGACUCCUGAUGAUGAAACGAGUGGAGACGAAGUUGACGUUGGCUCCGGUGAGGAAAGCGCAUCGGGAUAUCUUGAACUCGAAGUUGUAAAGGACACUGUUGGCUCAAAACUUCGUAAAAGUGAGGAUAAAACCGAAUCAGGUGCAAAGAAGGAUACGAUAUCAAGCGAUGCUCAAGCUCAGCAUACGGAAAAGGGAUCAAAGAAGAAUUCUGUUGUGAUUCACAGACCUCCUAUUAUUUACCACCCUCCACCGGAGAUCUAUCAUCGGCCAGACAUCAUAGUUCAUCGGGCACCAAUCGUGCUUUAUCGUGCACCGAUCAUUUACCACCAGCCACCAGUCGUUGUGCAUCGGCCGGCGAUCGUCUACCAUCAGCCAUCGAUUGUUUUCCACCAGCCGCCGCCAGUUGUGAACCAACCAAUCAUGCAUUCGCAUGAUACUUACGUCACGCAUCAAACGGUUGUACCCUUUUCUACUCACAUCAGUCACGCGGGGGCUUACAACGGGGUGCCACACGAGAUGACGUACAUGGAGGGAAUAGGUCGUGGGGUAUUCACAAAGUCAGGAGUUCCAGCCAAGUCGGGUGAACGUCGGGACUCAAUCGGCAACACGGCAAAAUCUAUCGGAGCUAAGGAAAGAAUUGCAAGAUCAUUCGAAGACACGUGGCAGCCCUAUAUAGAGGAAGUAACUAAAGGAGUAGGCAACGUCAAGGAAUCGAUAGGAGCCGGUGAGAGGAUUGUCCGAGCACUUCACGAAUCGCUGCCGACUGACGAGUCAUAUGGAGUGCAGGACAUCAAGGAGGCAAUCGGGGCAGGCGCUAGGAUUAUCCGAGCGCUUCACGAACCACACCCGAUUGAUCACCCGGAAAGCGCAGCACCAGCAACUAAACUAGAUACAAAAAUGAUCGACAAGCAUGACAAGAAGAAACGGAGCCCUGAAACGAAAAAGAAAGACGUAGUGGUCAAUCGUCCACCGAUCAUCUAUCAUCCUCCACCGGAAGUUUACCACCGACCGGAAAUUGUGGUCCAUAGGGCCCCUAUCCUGAUCCACAGGCCUCCUAUAGUAUAUCACCAGCCUCCAGUUGUCGUUCACAGACCAGCAGUGGUUUACCAUCAACCACCAAUUGUGUUCCACCAGCCACCACCAGCAGUCAAUCAACCGAUGUUAUACUCGCAUGAUUCGUUUGUGAUGCAUCCAGCAGCUGUUGCGCAGCAUGUUAAUUCAGUAGUUCACGAGGGAGGCCGCUAUAUUGGUAUCCCACAUGGUGGCGUUUCUAAUUACCCUGAAAUGUUUGGUAUGAACACAGCAGAACAUCACUUCCUGCCGUCUUUCUCGCCUCGUUACCCUGUACCUGGGUAUAGCGGACAAGGUAUAGGGGGAUUUGGGGGUUUAUUCCACAAACGUGGGGAGGUGACAAAGCCAGAGGAAGAGCCAGAAGAAAAGGAUGAAGCCAAAGAAAAAUAUGAGUCGGAAGAGAAAGAUGAGGGAUCGACUGAUGAGAAAGAUCUGGAAUCAAGUGGGGAUGACACCGAAGUGAGUGGGGCCCAGGAGGACAAUCCUAAGACGUUGCAGAAGGAGAAGCACGCAAAAGGAGAACGUAAAAACCUUGUGAUGGUACAACGCCCUGACAUGGUCUACCACCCACCGCCAGAGAUCUACGACCGUCCUGAUGUAAUUGUUCACAGACCAGAUCUAGUGUAUCAUCAGCCAUCUAUCGUUUACCACCAGGCAUCAGUCGUCAUCCACCGUCCCCCUAUCGUUUAUCACCAGCCUCCUGUGGUAUUCCACCAACCACCGCCAAUGAACAAGCAACCGAUUAUGAAUUCCAUCGAUGCUUAUGUUCCACAUGCGUUCUUUGAGCCGCAUUCAAGUGAGGUGCAUCAUGUUGCAACGUACAACGGUGCACCUCACUUCUACCCCGCCUCUAGUGGCAAUGCAUAUGGCUGGGGGAUGCAGCAAGCUGCUGAUAUCGCUGCAGCGCCACACCAAGGUCCCAUUGCUCACCCACAAGUUCCAGGCUUUGCCCCAGCUUUCGGCAGGUCUUCAGUAGAGAAAAAUGCUUCCAAGAAAUCAAAAAAGUCCAAGAAGAGAAGCGAAGCAAAGCACUAUCACAAAGAUAAAUCCGGCUCUAAAAGAAAUUUUGGGCAUUUUACUCUGAUGAACCCGAUGAUGCCUCAUUACCACGCUCACAAGAAGCAAUUCGUCGUUAUUCACCGCCCUCCUGUGGUAUAUCAGCCUCCACCUGAGGUAGUGCCGAGACCGGACAUUGUGGUUCAUCAACCGGACGUUGUACUACAUAGGCCUCCCCUGGCAUACCAGCAGCCACCGACGGUUGUCCAUCACCCUACAAUAGUCUACAAUCAGCCUCCUGUUGUCUUCCACAACCCACCUCCAGUCGUAUCGGCACCUGUAAUGAUGUCCCACGACAUUAACGCCGUGGUUCCCCAUUUCGCAGAAAUUGCGCAGCCCGUGGGGUCAGUUCUAGAACCUCAGGGUUCCAUUGUUGGGGUCCCUUUAAGUCAAGGGUACAUGCAAUCACCUCUAGCGCCUCCUAUGCCUGGCUACGCUAAGUCCAAGGUCAGCAAAAAUAACCCUGAAGCUGGAAAUAAAGAUAACAAAUCGAGGUCGAGGCGUAACGUCGAAGAGAACGAAGAAAAACAAGGAUUCCGCAAACAGGAUAUUGUUGUCUCAAGGCCACCACUGGUUUACACUCCUUCGCCAGAUGUGUUCGCAAAUCCACCAGUGAUUGUACCACAACCGGCAGUCAUUGUUCAGAGACCCCCUGUGGUCUAUCACCAGGCUCCUUUGGUUGUUCACAAGCCUCCUAUCGUCUACCACAGGCCACCUGUGGUCAUGCCUGCGCCCAUCUAUCACAUGCCUGUGUAUCACCAUGGUUACGCUUUCGGAAAGGCGAAAAUCGCGAAGACAAAGUUAAAGAAAGUGAAGCGAGAAGCAAAGGACAAGAACAAAAAGCACGACAAAGGUGACCGCAAGAACGUCAUCGUUGUAAAUAGACCACCAAUGAUUUAUCACCCACCACCGGAAAUAUACGAUAGACCGGAUGUGGUCGUUCAUCAGCCUGAUUACGUCAUCCACAGGCCGUCAGUCGUUUAUCACCAGCCAUCUGUCGUCGUCCAUAGACCUCCUAUUGUGUAUCAUCAACCGCCAGUUGUGUUCCACCAGCCACCACCAAUGGUUCGCCAGCCCGUCAUGCAUUCCCAUGAUACCUAUGUAGCACAUGCGUAUCACGAACCAUACGCUUCAACGAUCUCACACGCUGCUACGUAUGUAGGGGCUCCGCAUUAUUACCCGGGUGGCUUCGGAUACGGUCCAUGGGGACCUGCAUUCGGGAAAUCUAAAGUACCAGCCAAGAAAUCAGACUCGAAGGGUAAAGAAAAAGCUAAGGUCAAGCGCUCUGUCAAUGAAGGGAACAACUCCACCGCUAAGAAAUCGGACAAAGGUGACAAGAAGAACACUGUAAUUGUCCAAAGACCUCCAAUGAUUUACCAUCCACCACCAGAGAUCUACGAUCGUCCAGAUGUUGUCGUUCAUAGACCUGAUCUGGUUGUUCAUAGGCCAUCAAUUGUGUACCAUCAGCCGUCCGUCGUGGUACAUAGACCACCGAUCAUCUACCACCAGCCUCCUGUUAUGUUUCACCAGCCUCCUCCGCUUGUGCACCAACCAGUAUUGCAUUCGCACGAGACAUACGUCAGUCACCCGUUUUACGAGCCGUACGCUUCACAUGUAAGCCACGCUGCAACGUAUGUUGGCGCUCCUCACUUCUUCAAUGGUGGAUGGGGUUAUGGGUAUGGUCAAGGCGUAGCUGCUCCAGGAUUUGGACCAGCUUUCGGAAAGUCGAAGGUCGAGAAGAAGAGCGAUGCAAAGAGCAAGUCAAGUGAGAAACCUAAAACUAAACGCAGUGCAGAUAAAGAAGCCAAGAAACAGAAAAAGUCACAUAAGAAGAGCGAGAAAGGCAAAAAAAAGAAUAUUGUUGUGAUGAGACGUCCCCCAGUUGUGUAUCACCCUCCUCCAGAGGUCUAUCAUCGUCCAGACGUUAUUCUGCAUCGCCCAGACAUUGUUAUUCAUCGUCCCUCCGUAGUCUUUCACCAACCAUCAGUCGUAGUGCAUCGUCCUGCUGUGGUCUACCACCAGCCACCUCUUGUUUUCCACCAACCGCCUCCCAUGGUGCAUCAGCCCAUCAUGCACUCGCACGAGACAUACCUGGCUCAUAGCUACUUUGAGCCACAUACCUCUCAUGUAUCCCAUGCUGGAACCUACGUUGGUGCUCCACACUUCUACCACGGAGGCUGGGGGUACGGUUACGGCUACCAUCCAGGUCAUUCGUUUGGACACUCGUUCGGAAAGUCAAAGGUUGAGGGGAGCUCAGGGAAAGUUUUUAAGAAAGAGUCCAAAAAGAUACCUGAAGAUGACGACGAUGAUAAUGAUGAUAAUGAUGAUGACGAGGAUGAAGAUGAUGACGAUGUAGCAGAGGAUAAAUCAAAAGAUACAACAUCUAAGACGAGUGCAAAACCAAAAAGAAGUCUCCCAGAUAAAGAAAUGCCACCUUUGAAAAAAGCGUUCCGCCGAUUCCAAAAAUUCUUAGUAAAGCGUUCGGAUAAACCUGAGAAGAAAUCAAAAGCAGCGCAUCCAGAAACCAGGAAAGUGAACAAGAAAAACACAGUCGUCAUCAACAGACCCCCGAUGAUCUACCAUCCUCCUCCAGAGAUCUAUGACCGUCCAAAUGUCAUUGUCCACAGACCGGACCUGGUGUAUCAUCAGCCCUCUAUAGUAUACCACCAACCAUCAGUUGUCGUUCAUCGUCCACCCAUCAUCUACCAUUCCCCGCCUGUCGUAUUCCACCAGCCAUCACCGAUGGUGAACCAGCGGGUCUACCAUUCUCAUGAUAGCUACGUGGCACAUCCAUACUUCGAGCCACAAUGGUCAAGCUUACACCACGCGAUGACGUAUAACGGAGCACCGCAUUUUUUUAAUGGCGGUUGGGGCUACGGUUGGGGACUUGGUCAUGGGAUGAUGAAUGGUCCUUUCUCCGGGCCAGUAAAUACUUUAAAUAAUCCUAUGCACUAUGCUGAACCAGUACCCCCAGCAGACUCGUACCCUAACGCGCUUGGCGCUGGUUUCAUUCCAGGUCCUGUCUUCCCGCCUGGCGCCGGUUAUGGACCAGAAUUCCCAUCCGGCCCCGGGCCAUUCAAUUAUGGACCGAUGGUAGGACCAUUUAACGGAUAUGGACCGCGUUUUGGACCAUUUAAUGGGUUUGGACCGGCAGGCCCUGGGCCGCUUCACGGCUAUGGACCAGACACUGGACCGUAUGCCCCUGGCCCCAUGUUUAAUGGGCCAGCUCCUUAUCGCCCAUACGCUCCAGAGAACUAUCCACGCGCCCCGAUGAUGCAAACUACAAAUCCCAUCUUCUCAAAGUCUAAAGUACCCGUUGGCAAGAAGAAACCAGUUGAAAAAGAAGCGCCGUCUGUUAAACGCAGCAGGCGAGCCGUCGAGGAUAAGGAAGAUGAAAAGGCUAAACUAGCUGAGCAUAAAGAACACCACAAAGGACUUAAGAAAAACGUCGUCGUCAUGAACAGGCCCCCAAUUAUCUACCACCCACCUCCGGAAGUCUACCAUAGACCUGAUGUAGUCCUUCAUAGACCGGACAUUGUCAUUCAUAGACCAUCCGUUGUGCUUCACCAGGCUCCAGUCGUGGUUCAUAGACCAGCUGUUGUGUACCAUCAGCCUCCAGUCGUCGUCCACCAGCCUCCACCUCUUGUACAUCAGCCUAUAAUCCAUUCACAUGAUACCUACGUCAGCCAUCCAUUCUUCGAACCGUUCAGCAGUCAUAUAACCCACGCCGGGACCUAUGUAGGUGCGCCCCACUUUUUCGGAGGUGGGUGGGGUUAUGGAUACGGCCAUGCGGUAGGAGGCUUCGGAAAGUCAAAGGUUGAAAAAACAGAUAACAAGAAAAAGGAUAAGAAAAGUAAAAAGUCUUCAAAGUCAAAGAAAACAAAAAUCUACCAUGCACAGAAAAUCAAAGAAGAGAAGGCCAGCAAGAAAAAUGACAUUGUAGUCAACAGACCACCUAUCAUCUAUCACCCUCCUCCAGAGGUGUACCACAGACCUGACAUUGUCGUACACAGGGCUCCUAUUGUACUUCACCGACCCCCUAUUAUCUAUCAUCAACCACCUGUUAUAGUACAUCGACCAGCCGUUGUAUACCACCAGCCUCCCAUCGUGUUCCACCAGCCGCCACCAGCGGUCCAUCAACCGGUGCUUCACUCUCAUGACACGUUCGUGGUGCACCCCUCCGCGGCUUAUGAACCUAGAGGGUCGACCGUCUCGCACGAGUCAAACUACAUUGGAAUCCCGAGUCACGUCGAGCAGUACGAUGAUCUGCAUGACUUUGGCGGUGAUUCGUUUGGAGCGUACCAUGGCAGCUACCACGGAGGCGGUUACCAUAGAUACCAUUAUGGACGUCAUGGGCAUGGCUUUGGUCGAGGUGCUUUGAUGUUACAUCGCUCUGAUAUAGCACAUAAGGGAAAGGGUACAGAAGAUGUCGAGAAGGAAGACACAAAGGAGAAAGAGGACGAUAAAGCUGAUGAUGAAAGCAACGACAAGGGAAACAGAAGACGCAAGAGACAGAUAUUAGGAUCCCAUACACUCUACGAAGAACUUACACCAUUCAACGACAUCCAUCCAAGGGUCCCAAUAGUGGAAAAUCUCCAGAAGAAAUCCACCAUCCCCGGAGUCCCGUCCAGCUUCCAGCGCGAUAUCUCCAAGCGUGAGGUUGAUGAGAGGUCUCCACGAGGCAAGCGCCAGGUGUUUAUGCCUGGGCUUAACCCUUAUGGUACUAUGGGGGCUGCCCUUAAUACCGAGGCACAACCUGGUGUUACUCCUGAAUCUGCCCAAGCAAGUGGCAUGGAUCUCAAUCAGGUACUAAAAGCAGCACAAUCUUUUUAUCCUCAACAACAGACAGGCUUUCCUUAUGCUUUACCCCUAGUACCGCAUGCUCCUUAUAUAGCGCCUUACCCAUACGCAAAAGCACAGCCUAGGGUGAGAGUGCAUGUAGAAACCGCAAAGUCGAAUAUUCCUAAACAAAAAGUUUCACGAAAACGAAGGCAAAUAUCGCCUUUUUUACAGGCCCCGGCGAUUGGCACGUUUCCGGGAGUUAACCCCGCAGCAAUGGGCCCCCUGGCUACCCAGGUUCCUCUUGCGCACUUCGGCGCUCAUCCAGCACCGCAGUUUGGACCCUACAAUGCAUACCACCAGCCACUCAUCUCGCCAUAUCAAUAUUACCCUUUCAUGGAGCCCCACAGACCACGUGUGAAUAUCAAUGUGCAGUCCGCGCGAUCCAAGGUUCCAAGAUCACCAUUAAAACGCAGACAGAAGAGGCAGGUGCCUGGUGGUCAAUUGUACAACCCAUAUGCGUUAGCAAUGAUGAAUGAUUUUAGCGGAAUGGGGAUGUAUAAUCCUUAUAUGGCAAUGUCACCUGAUCUGAGCCAGAGAGAUGACAUAGCUAAUGAUGAAAUGGACCGGCAAAGUGAGUUAUACAAAAGAUACCUGAACGCGCUGUACACAUACUACACUGGUUCCCCGUUGUUCCAGAGCAAGCGACCAAGAGUUAAGGUAAACGUGCAAGCUGCCAAAUCCAGUAUUCCCAAAUCUGAUAAGAAAGGAAAGUCACGAAAGAAAAGGCAACUAUUGAACUAUAUUCCGAUGUCUCCACUUAUCACGGGACGGUAUAAUAUCCCUCUGGCACAUAAAACAAGUGAGGGCUCUGGAAGCGUUGGCGAGAUAAAAAGAAUUAGAAGAGCUGUUAAUAAAAGCAGAAAGUCGAAGAAUCAGGUACAAAAUACAAAGAGGGACGAAUUUCAGAAGCAGUUUGAAGCCAACAAUGAUAUAAGUGCUGGACCAAUGACAAUGAAUCCUGAUGAGCCUGGAUCCUUCCAGAUGGAUGGCAAUAGAGGUUUUGCAGGAGGAAACACCGGAUUUGAAGAUAUGCAGGAGGUCGGGCCUGGGGGACUCAAUAGCAUGAGCAUGGAGCAAAGGGUGCAAGACCAGGCUCAAAUGUACGGUAAUGAGGCGCGCCCCGAGCAGAACCCCAUGCAAGAUGCUGUCCAGAGACAAAACCUGAUCAGCAACAAUAACGGUCAAGAUCAGAUUAUCACCGGAGCUAGCGAAAUGCCUGCAACAGCUGCUGCGCAGAGAAUGGUGCUCAACGAGGGUCAGGAGCCAAUUGGGCCAUAUUCUAUGGCCUCGGCACCAGCCAGAUCUUAUCCAAUGCAACCUGCGUCUAUUGGACCAGCACAAAUAGAACCUGGACCUAUGAUCCCCUUCGCGGGAGCACCCGUACCAAUAGGGCCCUUUGGAGGCUACCCAAUAGGGCCUGUGCCUAAUACUUUCCCAGGAGGCUUUGCAGUACCUCCACAUUUACCAGUACAAAACGUUUUCUCUCCGAAUGGUGUCCCAUUAGCAGGCAUUGAGCCACAACACAGUGUAAACGUUAACAUUAACACCGCAAAGAAGCAGACAGUUGCAACGCCGGAAACAAAGAACAGCGACAAGAACAGUAAACGACAGAAGAUUUCUAUACUAAACAGGAUUCCCACAAUGCAAGUUUUACCUCAAAAGAUUCUACAGAACGGGAUGAUUGUGCCACAGCUAGCUUCUUAUCAAAGCGACAAACAGAAUAGCCCUCAUGGGAUGAACGGUAUGUUGUUGAGUGAGCUCCAAAUGCAAAGAAACAAGAUCCCCUCGAGAAAGACCAAGGCAAAAGAUAAAGAAGCAAAAAAGAGGCAGUUCUAUCAGGCACCGUUAAGCGGACUUCCCGUAAAUACACUUCCUGUUCAGGCACUUGUUAUGCCACAUCUAGGCUACCACCCAAGACCACGUGUCUCAGUCAAUGUCCAGGUCUCAAGGAAAUCGAACACAGAUGACAAUGAGAAAGCAAGGUCAAAGAGGCAGAUCUACGGAAUAAAUGAGCUCCCAAAGGGGAUCAAGUUACCUGAAGGAUCUGGACACGAUAACACUACACAGAAAUCAAGCAAUGUAACUGAAGAUAAAUCAGCAAAAACCAAGCGGCAGUUGUACAAUGUGCAGCCAAGUCUACCCUUAGCUCCUGCAUCAAUGGUUCCGCUUGCAGGAUAUCCUGUUCACAAACCACACCACGUAUCCAUCAAUGUUGAGGUAUCGAAAAAGAGUGAAUCAGGAAAAGAUAAUAUCGUAAAAAAAAGCGAGAGUGAAGGGACUAAAGAAGAGAGAGCAUCGAAGAAGUCGGAGCAAGCUAAAGAGACAAAAAUUGAUGCAGAUAAACCAAGAAAGAGACAAUUCGUCAUCCCAUUCAAUUCUCAAGAUGGAAAUAGCAACGAGCCAGUGCAUGUUUAUGGAAAUCCACGAAGCCAAGGAGAGACUGCCAACAUUCAAGAAGCACCUCAACAAGUCGUCAUGAACUCGCAGCCGGUUCAACAGGAACUACAAGCACAACAGAUUCAAUCUCCGUACGCUUUAAACCCUUUCUUGCCUGUGAACCACGUUGUAGGUCUCGGUGACACUUUGCACCAGCCUAAUCAUGUGAGUGUCAACAUCCAGGUUGCAAAAUCGAACAUCGUAACACAACCAGAAAAUUCUAAGGAAAGGUCCAAGAGACAGAUGUUUGGAACAGUUCCUCUGCUUAGCCCUCUUGCCCCAAAUUCAAUGGAAGUCAAACUUGAAGCAGCAAAGGGAAGAUCUUCUGUACCGAAAAGGGAAGACAGCGAGAAGCCCAAGCGUUCAGUGGAGGAGCAAAAGCCGAAGGCCGUGAAGAGACAGCUGUACAACUUUGUUGGUGGGCAGCCGGCUCAAGUUCUACAGCCUCAGCAGCAGUAUGUUCAGCAGCCUCUGGAAGGUAGCCAGGGUUACCAAGUCAUUCCACAGCCACAGGAACCGCAGGGAUUACCGCAGGCUCAGUUACCAAUGAUUCCUCGGCAGCCGGCCGUUAUGAUGCAACCGGUGCUACCGCUGGCAUAUCAGCAGGCUCAGGUCCAGUCUCCGUAUGCUCUAUAUCCAGGAUGGCAGCCACAAAAGCACGUCAACAUCAACGUCCAAACGGCCAAGUCAACUGUCCCUCACUCUUCAACUCGAAACGCAGACAGGCCGAGUGAUCAACAAAAGGUACGGUCUACCGUGCCUAAAGCUUCAUCCCCGGCAGUUAGGCCAAAGAGACAGCUUGUUAACAUUCUUAAGAACAUCCUUCAAAGACGGCGUGGGCCAACUAGACUUCUGGAUAAUCUGUUAAAGAAACCGAAUAAACCAGAGAACCCGUUUGAGUUUAGUUCCGAUGGAAAACAGCCGGUGGAGGUUGUGACGGAUCCACCUGCUGGAGUGCAAGGAAACCAAGGCAGACCACAGGAGAUCCCCUUUGACGCAUACCUCAACCAACAGCAGAAGGAUAACCCUCAGAUAUACCAGUUCAACGAUGCAGCGCCUGCACAGAAUAAUCAACAAGAAAUGCUAUUUGAUCAAGGCCCACCGGCACCUCAACAGCAAAUUGUACAACAAAACGUAAUGCCGUUAGCCCGCGGUCCACAGAACUUUCCUCAAAAUGUAGAGCAGCCGCCUCCGCAGCCGCAAAUGAAUGCAGCUAUGUCUCCGGAUAGAAGGUGGCCUAUUGUUGCGCCAAUGCAACCCCCUUUCUUCGGCCCUCAGCUUCCUCCUCCAGACAUGUUCCCACCCCAGAUGAUGCCACCAAUGGUACCGAUGAUGCUGCCUCCAAUGCUACCCCUACCUCCACCUGGAUUACCCAUGCAACCGGAAGCGCCGGUCCAGCCACCACCCUUACCGCCACCAGGAGGCCCAUUUCCACCGGUGGCAGCGGACCAGGGAGACGACGAGGACAGGCCUUCUGUUAGCAUCAACGUGGAGACCUCCAAGUCGAAUAUACCAAAGUAGAUGACUUUAGUUAGAACGUAGCGAACAUUUAGCGGAG